AUGCGCGCUUUUGCUCUGCUAAGUACUGUUGCCCUUGCGAUCUGGGGUGCAGUCGCCGCACCUCUGGAGUCCUCUCUUGAACGCAGAGCCGCAACGGUCUACACAAGAUGCACGACCGCCAACACGGCCGCCCUGACCUUUGACGACGGCCCAUACAUUUAUUUGUACGAUAUCGUCAAUACCCUCGACGCUGCUGGCGCGAAGGGUACCUUCUUCUUUAACGGCAACAAUUAUGGCUGCAUCUACUCGGCUGACAACAUGGCGCGUGUGAAGUAUGCCUACAACCACGGCCACCAAGUCGCUUCGCACACCUGGGCGCACAAGGAUCUUACAACGUUGACCUGGGACCAAAUUCAUGACGAGAUGUGGCGCGUCGAACAGGCCCUUGUAAGGAUUGUCGGCGCCUACCCGGCCUUCAUGCGCCCUCCCUAUGGAAACUACAAUAGUCUGGUUCUCGAAGCCUCAGGCGUUCGUGGUCAAGGUGUCGUCAUCUGGGACUUUGACUCUCAAGAUUCCCUCGGUGCUAGUGCCCAGACUUCUAGGAACCUGUACAACAACAUUGCCAACCAACGUCCAAGCACCAUUCUUGCCUUGAACCACGAGACCAUUGAAACCACUGCCCAUAAUGUCGUCGCCUAUGCCAUCCAGCGUCUGCAGAGCGCAGGGUACAGACUUGUCACUCUGUCAGAAUGCCUCGGCAAGCCUGCCUACCAGAGCACUGCUGCUCCCCAAACGCCAGAUUCCUCCUGGCGCUGCUAA